UGUCCGCAGCCCCGGAGCGGUGCGGCGGCGGCAGCGGUACCCAUGGCCCUGCCGGCAGAGGCGGACCGGCUGGAUGGGGGCUGGCAGGAGGUCUACUCUGCGCUCCAGUGGAUCCAGUUCACCAUGGCCAUGCUCAGCGUUGUAGGUUCCAGCUCAAUUAUUGCCUACGCCGUCUUCCAAAACGCGGUGCGGUCCCCAGAGGUGCGUCCACUUUUCUACCUGAGCCUCUCAGAUCUGCUCCUGGGCAUGUGCUGGCUGGCUGGGGCCCUGCUCUACAGCUCACCCACCUCCCAGCAAGACCUCAUCUGCUACAACCUGCAAGCCACGGGACAGAUAUUCUACGUGGCCUCUUUUCUCUACACUGUCAACUACACCUGGCACCUGUACAUGGACCUCAAGGUGAAAUACAACCAGAACCUCUUCAGGGUGCCCCCCCAGGUUGUAGAUUAUGCAAGUUGUGUGGGUCGAAUAGCAACAAUCUUGUCAAGCCUGAUCCCUUUCCUCCUCAUGGUGCCGGUGUUUUGCCUGGGUAACAGCAGUAAUUGCUACCAGAACUUCAGCCAGAAGCAUGGGUGUCUCCUGAUGCACACGGAGGUGGCCGAGUCCCCCAGCGAGCCGCAGGGCCUGAGCGGCUCCGUGUGCCGUGCGAUGCAUUUCUACGGCAUCGGCGUCUUCCUCAUCUCCUUCCUCAUCAGCUUCGUGGCCAUCCUGGUUAUCCUGAGUCAGGCCCGAGGGCUGUACAAGAGAUUUGUGAACUCCACAGGGUUCCUGGGGGAUCAGCAGUGGGCCAUGAUUAAGAUGGUGGAACAACGGGUGGUUUUUUACCCCAUUGCCUUCUUCUGCUGCUGGGCCCCAGCUGUCCUCCUUGGAAUGCUGAAAUUGACUGCUUCAACAACCAGCAAAAUCUACAUGGCUCUGCUGAUCCUGCAGGCUCUCACCGCAGCUUCCCAGGGGCUCCUGAACUGCCUGGUGUACGGCUGGACCCAGCACGUGUUCCUGUCCCUGAAGCGCGGCUCCCGCCGGGACGUGGACACACAGACCCCGCUCCUGCGCUCCCAGAAGAAAUUCUACUCCAGCACGGCCCCCGCCGGCCCGCCCGACACCGCGGGCUCCUCCUCCACCCUGCUCUGAUGGAGAGGCAGAGUCCUUCCAACUCCUUGUUCCAAUCCUCAUUCUCCAGAGCCGGGAGGGAACUGUCCCCGCGGGGCUGGCAGAGCCAGGCGCUCAGUGGACAUAGUUAUUUAUUUAAUGGAUUCUUGCGGCGUGGUAAAUCUUUAGUCCAGACUUUCUCCUCCUGCAAAUAUUCCUAGAAGUGCAGCAAACCCCAUGUAAAGGCUCAAAGACCUGGUCCAGCUCCAUGGAGGUUGAGCAGAGGAUGUUUUACUUUAUUUUUCCAAGUCAUUGCCUUUACAAAUUAACAAAAAACAAAAUGAG